AUGUUUGAGGCGACGGAAGAAACAAAAGAGAAGGAGAGAUCUGUGGGGGCCACAGAGACACAAGACACUACAGAGACGCAAGAGCAUAAGGCCGUGCUGGGAAUAGCUUCAAAACAUAAGAGAAAGGUUAAAAAUUUCAAAACCACGGAGGGAAGCGGCGAGUUCGAGAAACGCCGAAUGUUUAAGGUACCCCCAGCAGAAGUGACUCUAGUGGAGCUAGAGGAAUCUGAGGGGAUAGAGGAAGAGGUAGAAUUCACCUUAGAAGUCGCGGUCAUAAUCAAAGAAAAGGAGCUUUCAAGACAAUUUUUGUAA